GGGCGCAUGAGCUUCCCCAGAUUGCCCAAUAAGGUCGAUGGGUUCACCAAACGAGGUUGAACAGACUAGCCACACUUGUGGGGUCUGUCCUCGAUCUUUCACUCGCAUAGAGAAUUUUAAACGUCAUCAAAAGACGCACCAGGGCAACCUACCUCACCAUUGUAUCAUUUGUCAAAAGAGGUUUUCACGCAGCGAUUUUCUCAAGAAACACCAACGACUUCAUCAGAAGCUUAAUCAGGAAAAUGCAUCACGUGGCGAGCAUAAGAUCUCAUCACCAAAAAAGGUGGAUUACUCCUUCAUCAUGGAGGACCCCAAUCCGCUUUCGUCCCUGUCGCGAGGUAAAGACAGAGAAACGGAAGCUGCAAACCCGCCACUUGUUGGCGACUUGCAACUGCAGUACUCUGAUGUUGGCCGCGCCAUGAAUAUCACGCGCAGCAAUACGAGUUAUGCCGCGUCUUCGGUUCUUUUACCAUCUGGCGUCGCGUUCUCUAGGUCACAAGAUACAAUGGUAACAGCCA